AUGGAACCUGCUUAUGGAUUGUAUGACAAAGUAAUUGAAAUUGAAAAGUGGUUUCAUGCUGAGAGACCUACUAUUUCAGCUUUACUCAACUAAAAUACCCCUCUCGUUAUCGUAGGGCCUGAAGGUUCGGGCAGAACUUCGCUUUUAUAUCAAUGGAUCUAGUUUCAUGAAGCUAAGUCAGAGUUCUUCACGAAUAUGUUUGACAAGAAUGUGUAUUUGAUGCAUUUUGUAAAUAGCUCAAACAUUAAGAACUCCCAUUACUCAGUGAUAUGGAGAUUAGUUAAUAGAAUGAGAAGUCUAUUUGAUCUGAACCAAAGAAUAGAGAUGCAAAAUGAUAAGGUAAGAACAUUUUUCUCCAGAUGGUUAGAACUGGCUGAUAAAAAGAAGAAAUCUAUUACCACAGAUAAAUGCAAGAUCAUUUUAAUCAUAGAUGGUAUUGAUAGAUUUGAAGUAGAGGAUAAUUUUCCCUAAACAACAUCUGUUCAUUAAUCUUUAAACAAGAUAAACUACAAAUUUGAUGAGGAAGCACCAGAUUGGUUCCCUUAAUGCUUCCCUUAAACAUUUAGAGUUAUAUUGACCUGCAAGAAAAAUUCAAAGGCCUAUCAACAUUUUAAAAAUAUGAAGAUACCCUUUAAAUUCUUGCAGAUGCCUGAAAUCCAAGAUGAUUCAUUGUACAGCAUUGUUGAAUCACAUUUUAAUAUGAGCAAUAGCAUAGAUUUGAUAGAUGAUCUGCCUGCAAUAAAGGAGUAAAUAUGGAGUUAUAUAUAGUAGAAUAGAAAUUAGUUUAUGAAUCAUUUGUUUCUGCACACCUUCUUACAUGUGCUUUACCCUCUUAACAUCGACUUAAAUAAGUUUAAACUGUAGCCACCCACUUUAGAAGAAAUUAAGGAAUAUUAAUCUCCAGAAGAUUUAUUCAAGCACACCCUCAAGCAUUAUGAAACUAAUAAAAUACUGCCUAGAUCUAAAUUUAGGAGAAUCAGCUGUAUAAUUGCUCUGUCUAAAACUGGUCUUAAGAAAGAAGAGUUAAAGGAUUGUCUAGAAGUCAAAAUCGAUACAAUUGAAAUUUUUUUGAAGAUAUUUAACUUUGCAUUAUUGGAGCAUAAACAGCUAUAUAGAGUUAAUAAUGAAUGCUACAAGAAAACUAUAGAGAAAUUUUACCUUUAAGAAGAGUUGUUUAAAAACGAAAUACAUUCAUCUAUCGUUACAAUAUUGUCAAAGGUUAAACACUUCAACUCUAAUGCUAGAUUGAUUGAUGAAGUAACAUAUAAUAUCUAUAAGUAAGGUAACUAAUGGCUGAGACUAAAAGAUUUGCUAAGCAACCUAGAGAUAUUCUGUCAGCUUUAUAAACCUACUGAUAAAUAUCUCUUAUCAUAAUACUGGUAAAAAUUGGAAUAGCAUGGAUUUGAUCCUGUUUAUGAAUAUAAUAAAACUAUUGAAGCGUUUGUACUUAACUAUUUUCCAACCCCAAGCGAACUAUUCGUUAUACUGACUUAGCUUGGAAGAUUUUUCAAAGAAUUAGGAGAUUUGGAGUCUAAAUGUACCCCUGAAUUUAGGCAUCCCCCAUUAGUCAUCUCUCCAGAAUUAGAACAAAUAAAGCUAUAGAGAGAGCUUGAGUAUAUAGGGGGUAUGCUUACAGAAAACAAGCAAAAUGCAACUCCUAUGACUGAUGAAGAAAAGUAUAAUGUGGACAAUCCUUUAUUUAUGUCAGUAUACAGAGAGAAGUAAGUUGCAUUAUUGAGAAAGGAAAACCCAUUAUUUCCUUAGCUAUAGCUUUAUUACUAUAAACGCUGGAUAUGGCUCUAAUUUCCUUGGUUUUGCAUGGAUAUUAACAGUGCCUUUUCUACUUAUAUGAACAAAGCAAUGGGUAAAAACAUUCAUUUACAUAUGAAUUAUGAGGUGGAAAUGGAUCUUGUAAUAGGAAGUCUUAAAAUAAUCAAAGAGGCCAAAUCUAGAAAAUAGCUAAGUGGGAAAAACUAAAUUUAUGCAGUUCCUAUUGAGUUUACUCUAGAGGAGGAAGACCUCCAAAAAGAUAGAGAAGAGACUAAGUAUAGUUCAUCCGAUGAAUCAUUUUCUAACAAAACCAAUAAUUUUUAGUAAAAAUCAACCAUCAAAAACUAAAAAGGCAGUUUAUAUAGUUAGAGCAUAAAUGCAAGCAUAAUUUUGACUCCAAAAGCUAAAGGAUAAAACCAUGUAGAUAUAGACUUAUUAUAAGGUUCAUUGAUGAAUGAUAAGAAUAGCAUGGUAAUGACAGCAAGAAAUACCAGAUCACAGAAUGGGAAUAGACUUUAGUUUAAAAAUCAAAGUUAAAACAGCAGAUUUUUAUAAUCAGCUCAGAGCUAGAGAAAUCUAAUGAGUCCUGAUGGUUCAAUUAAAUAGUCUUAGUAUUACUUAUCAAAAGCCAAAUGGAUAAAUCAAGAUUAUGAGUUGGCAAAUCUUAAAAGUAGAAUAAAGCCUGAAAAUGCAGUAAGAGUUGUAGGAAAUUAAGUUAAAAACUAUGAGAGAAAAGAGCUCGAAACAGCUGUGCUGACAAACAGGGAGAUGAUCAAUGAACUUAAUAAAAUUGCCUUUGAGAUUCAAUAAAAAGAGAGGAUAUUUUAGAGCCUUUAAAAUUGUAUCCUUCAAUUAGAUAGUAACAAUAAGGAAUCUCAAGCUUUUGAGAAGAAGGUCUCCUCAAUCUCUGAAAAGUUAGAUUAGACUCGAACCUAAUAUAAAAUAGCAAGAAAAGAGCAAAAUAGACUAAGACAUAUUGUGAACUUUUGUUUUAAAAAUAAGGCAGAUAACCAUGAGUGGAUUUAAGGCUUAGAAUUAGCAGUUAGUAACAUGGUGACGUUGAUCAAACAUGAAAAAGAGUCUAUUAUCAAUGCUAAAAAUUUAGUUAUAGAAUUGAAAAAGGAAUCAAAAGAACUAGCAAAACUGAAAAAUGAAAGAAAGUAAUUAUAAGGUAGAACUACAGAAUCUAUGUAUGGAAUGAUAAGUGAAAAAUAAAACAUUAAAUGUCUAAGAGAUGAUUUUAACAAACGGAAGGAGUCCAUUAUGAUGGGAGCAAACAUAACAGAGUAGUCUUACUUUAAAUCAGAGAUAUUGGAUCAUAAGCCUGUUCUUCAUCAUAAACAUUCAUCCCCAAUGAAAUAAGCAUUACAAGACAUUAAUAAAUCAAAGAACAGAAAUAGUACAGAAAAUUUCUACUCUAUAUAGUCUGAUACUAGUACAGGAGGAGGGCAACAAAUAAGUGAUUAAAGUAAAUAUCUAAUCUAGAAACUAGAAAUUAUGAAAUAAAGUGCUGGAGUUAAGAGCAUAGAUGAGUAUCAGUAGAUAAUUGAUUUUUAUCUGAAUUUUAAGAGACUUGAACAAGAAAGAGAUAUUAGAGAAAAUAAGGUAAUGAUGCUGAGAUAAACAAGGAACUAACUUGAGUAAGAUUUAGGCUAAUAUCACAAGUAAGAUAUUGAGAAGUCAAACUUGAAAUAUAACCCACACUAGCUUGUUAAUGAUCUGCAAUCUAAAAUAGUAGAAAUCCAUAUUUUUAGAAACUAGCACAUGCAUUAGUAUAACAAGGCAAGAGACCAAGUAAUAUCCAUAAGAGUACUCAUAGAGGAGAUGAGGAAACAGCUUAAACUAGAUAAUAAAAUAUUUGAUAAAGAUUUUAAGCUAAUCUCUCCAAGUGAAAUGUACUAAAGUUUAAAUGAGGUCUAAGACAUAGUCUAUUAAAGGUAGCAAUUAUUGAAGUAGGUAUUUGGAAAUAUCCCUUAUCAUGAGACAAUGCAUAUUAUUAAUUAAAUGGAUCCUAAGGAAUUAAAAGCUCGAUUCUAAAAAGCCCAAAAAAGAAGUAGAAUGUAGCAAUAAAAAAUCUAGGAUGAGUUAAUUAGAACUCAUGAAACACCAUUAGGAUCAACAAAACAAGAUAAUUUGAUAUUUGGCGGAGGCUCUAAUGAUGAAAUUCCAAAGAUAAUAUUAAAUCAUUAAAGUGAGGAUAAUAUUGACUAGUUUAUGGAGGAACUAAACUAAUAAAACUUUGAUGGCAUUUUGGUUGAGAAUAUUGACUAUAAUGGGACUUAGAGUAAUGGAAAUCCAAUUGGAUUUUAAGAUUAAAGAGCAAAGACAUAAGAAAAUAGAGUUAUUGGAAACAAAAGAUUAACUAAGAGAAAUAGUAAGGCAAACUAUGAUAUAGGAAGCAUCAAGAAUUAGAAUUCUAAGUAGCAAUGGCUUGCAAAGAAGCCUGGUAGCACUGAUGAAUAGAUGCUAUUCAAUAUAUACCAGGUUUAAAGACCAAUUUACUUAGAUGAAAGUUCAUACACUUAAUCUGUUAUGAAUGUCUCGAGAACUCUGAAGGAAAAAGAAACACUUUUUUAUAAAAGAGUUGAUGAACAAGAGAAAGAUUAGGAUCUUAUUUCUUAAACAUUAUAAGUAAUGGCUGAAAUAAAAAAGAAGCAUGAUUAGGUUUCAAAUGAUGAUAGUUUCAAGGUUAUUGAAGAAGAAAGGCAAAGGCUUAAAAAUAAAGGAAAGCAAACGCCUUUAAACUAAAAUAGUUAAAGAAAGAAAAAGAGUGCCAGAGGAGGAAGCCAAGAGACGAUGCCACAUGCUCCAACUAGAGCUUUUAGUCAGCCAUAAUUGCAUCAUAUUCAACAUUAAAAAGAGCAGGACCAAGAUGAGGAGCCAAUUCAGGGUGGAGAGGAUAUAAUGAAUCAUAGUAAUCAUAACAAGUCAAGUCAAUUCCACAAUCAUGAUUUAGGAAAUAGAACUUCUAGAAUCAAUAGGUUUGAUUCAAAAUAAGCUUUAGAGCAGUAUCUAAAUGAUGAGGCAUCAAAACUGCCAUCCUAUGCGAAAUCUAUUCUGACUAAUAAUCAUAAAGACCUUAUAAAACGGAUACAGAACUUAAAUACAAAUAUUAAGAAACUAGAUAAAGAUGAUCUUUUCAAAAAGUUAAUGGUCCAGACAGAAAAGCAUAAAAGAUAAAAAUCAAAGGAUAGCUAGGCUCCCAACAAUUUAUGA